GUUUGUUGUGAUCAAUGUUAAACGAAUUGCAUCCUUUUUUAAUAUUCGAUAUUUUCUCAGUGAGAAAGAGACAAUGUUACUCAAUAAAUAAAUGUAAUGACUGACUUAAUAGCUUACAAGUACCGUAUGAUGCACAAUAAUAAUGGAUCUUAUGGCAGCGCGAGUGAUCUACUGGACAGCCAUGUCCUGGGACGAGACAAGCUGGAGGAGCCCGCCAUGGAGAGGUCCACGAGAUCCAGCCUGGACGCCAACAGUGUUGACAUUGGUGAAAUAACUGAAUCCCCAGAUACGGAGUAUAUGAGUACGUCUGCUAUUCUACACUAUUGUAAAUCUAAGAUAUUGCUUCCUUAUCUUAAACUUUUAACAAUAAUGGGAUUGCGUCCAGUCGUUGAUUCCUCGAACUCCUCAAGAGGCUCAAUAUGUUUGUCACACUUCCAUUCAGCGCAAGUUGCAGUAUUUAUGUUCUUAGGAUACGUACUUCAGUAUAUGGCAUGUUUCAGACGAGACCGAGGUUUCUGCUACAAGCUGGUGCCGCUGGCGCUGGAGUCGUCUCUCGAGUACGAGACGUACAAGCAAGUCUGCUACGGGAACGUGACGCUGACGUACAUCGGGCCCAGCAUACUGCACUUUCUGGGCUUCCUCUACGCUCUCUAUUUGUUUAGAAUAUCCGAUAAUGAGCAGCUCCAGAAUCUUAUGGAAAGGGUAUUUUUACUAUCGUCGUAUACACAGCAGGGCAUGGCCUCUGCCAACCCGAAGCGGCUCUUACGUCUGCUGUGGGCGUUCAUCAUACUGAGCGUGUUGUGGAUGUGUCUGUCGCUGUGCUCGGUCAAUCUGAUGAUGGCCGAGGGUACUAUUAUGUUCCGGUGGAUGGAACAAAGUUCAAAACAAACCCUAUUAAUCCUGAAGAUCCUUCUGGUGGCCUGCACGCUGGUCCACGACAUGGUGCAGGCGACCAUCAUCACGAGCUACUGCCUGCAGGCGCAGCUGCUGCAGGCGCACCUCAUGUACCUCAAGGAGCGGCUGCUUAACAGAUCCACCACGCCACUCAACUGGAUGCGAGAGAUCGCGGAGUUCCAGAAGCUGCUCAAGUACCUGAACGACGACCUGGCACCAGCGGUGUGCCUGUUCACGAUCGUGAACAUCUCGUGGGUGGCGUCCGGCGCCAUGUGGAUGUACAGCCUGGACAAGGUCGACACGCAGACAGAGCCCAUCGUUGGGAUCAGUUUACUCAACUUACUGCUGUGGAUCUCGGCGGCUAUCGUGCCCUUUAUACAGGCAGCACGCCUCUCCAAAGAGUGCCGGCGGACAGAGAGUGUGGGCCACGAGCUCUGCGUCCGUCCGUUCCUGCAUCAAGACACGCCACACGAGGACGUCGCCGCCGUGCUCAUGUAUUCCACGACACUAAGACUACGUGCCAAGUUAUUUCAUCACCCAGUCGCCGGCCGUUAUCUCUGGAUAGUGCUCACAAUCACACUGGUUGGGCUGUUCUCGCUGGGCAUGUGCCAUUAUAUAUAACGACACGGCCAUCCUGCUAUGGGUCACGUCUUACUGGUAUCCAGAAUUAAAUUGAUUUUUGCGAGCGUGUAUUUAAUAAGAUUACCGCGUUACGGUAGCUCCGGCAACUGCUCAUAAUCACACUUUUUUUUCUCUAGACAGUGAGCAGCAGAAGUGGCUACACGGGCCACUAGCUAAUCUUCACACAUUCUUAUUGUUAUGUUGAGAUCAUUUUGAACACAUUGGCCUAUAAUUGUCGCUGUCCGUCAUAGGCUAAAGUGCUCGAUCGACGAAUCACAAAAACGAAACGAGAUUCCUAUUGGCUAAUGACCAGGGCUCGAAAAUUUCAUACGGAUGACGUAAUUUUGCACACAGGUGAUGUUUAUAUUUAAUCGUUCAUCUGAAUGACAAUGAAUGAAUUAAUUAAUGAAUAUUCUUUAUUUCAGACCAGGUCCAUAUACAUUUGAAUUAUAACAUUAGUUAACAUAUUUAAAUUAAAUUUCACACAAUCAAACAAUCUGUAACGAUAUCGUUUAAUUAAAGAAGUUGAUAAAUUAUAAGUGGUGCGUGCGUGCGUGCGUGCGUGCGUGCGUGCGUGCGUGCGUGCGUGCGUGCGUGCGUGCGUGCGUGUGUGUGUGUGUGUGUGUGUGUGUGUGCGUGUGCGUGCAAAAUUACGUCAUUUUUACGUCAUCCGCAUGAAAUGUUCGAGCCCUGCUAAUGACGAAAUUACCUAGCACUUACGCCGCCGCUAAGACGUUCCUGUACCUACCUGUUCCACAUCCGCAUUAAGCUCCGCAUCGAUUUUAUGCGGAUGCGGAUGUUGAAAAUAAUGCGGAAGUUCCGCGGUUGCGGAUGCGGAUGCGAAUAUUCGCAACAUCCCUGAUUCAGAACUUCUACCUAAUAAGGCUAGUCGCUUAUGGCUUAUAUCAAUCACUUCAUAAUAUUUAGAAACCUUAUGGAGUCUGUCCUAAACUAAUGGGAAUUCUUUUCGUUACUGAUUUCAGCUGUUAUAAAGAAAUAUUUAUAUACACAGAAAUGGAAAUACUCUAAACUGGCUUGAAUUCAGACUUGCCUAUAUUUAAUUUAAAAGUUUAGAAAUCCAAUAUAAUUUCCUGUGGAUUGUGGGUUCUCUGGCUGGAUUCUAUUAUUAUUUAAUAAUUUUAAAGAAUGAAUGAAUUUAUUGUAAAUGACUGUAAAGUUUUGGUGUACAUUAAAUGUAACUUAACCUAGUGUUAGUGUUUUGUUAUGUCAAUGAAAUAAUAAAAUGCAUUUGAUUACACAUACAUAUGUAUAUUUAAAACAACAUUGUUUAUAUUUGGCACUACCUAUUAAACUAAGUAAACUUAACGUUACGUAAUUGUAAUUAGGCUAUGCGCAUGUAAAGGAUACACAUAAAUAUUUAACCACAAAAUAACACUUUCUAAAAAUCUAUUAUAUAAUAUGA